AGCACUUCAACAGGAGCGAGAAGAUUGUUUGCAACCAAUCACUGAUUUGGACGGAGCUACACUUUAGUUCUUAUCAGACUGUAUCAGGAUCGUGCCUAUUACGGUUGUUAGACAAGCCAUUACCAGACUCUUUUCAAAAUUAUACAAAACCAUGUGAUGUUCGAUGUCAUAUGAUAUUCACCUCGCCAAGAACAUUUUAUAAUGAAAACUGCCUUCCUUUACAGACUUCAUUGGUAUGUUCAUGUUCAAAGCUCCAAAUCCAACGAAUCCGAACUGUCUCUGUGUUAAUGACUUGCCUGCCUACAGAGGAAAUACUCAACAAUUGGUCCAGACGGUGCUCGUUGUUGUUGCGGUUAUUUGUAUUCCAUGGAUUCUCUUGGUCAAGCCCUUCUUUCUUCGGAGAUGGCACUACCAGAAAGUGGCGCGGAAAGCCACAUUCUUAUACCCGAUUGUCGACCAUGGUGAUGACGAGGCUUUAAUCGAUGGUGCUGCCCCUAUUGGUGAGGCUGGCCGAGCCUCUGCCCACGAUGAUGAUGAUGAUGACGUGGAUGAACAUUUUGACUUCGGUGAUGUGUUCAUCCACCAGUGUAUCCACACCAUCGAAUACUGUCUGGGCUGCGUAUCAAAUACAGCCUCCUACCUUCGUUUGUGGGCGCUCAGCUUGGCUCAUGCCCAACUUUCGGAGGUGCUGUGGACAAUGGUGAUGCGCAUCCCCCUGGGGUUGGAUGGUUGGCUUGGAGCUCCGGUGGUUUUCUUCAUCUUCAUCGCCUAGGCUGCGCUGACCAUAGCUAUUCUUCUGCUGAUGGAGGGACUAUCGGCUUUUUUGCAUACACUCCGUUUGCAUUGGGUUGAAUUCCAGAAUAAAUUCUACAGUGGAAACGGCUACAAAUUCCUUCCAUUCAGGUCGAUGAUUUAUAGGCAGGCUCCGAUUGAAGCUUGUUGGACCCAUAUACCAUUACAACAUGCAAACAGACCAAGUAAUAAGAAAUAUGUUUAGAAAUAUUCCAGAAUGAGAUAUUUGUAACCGCAGGACUGAUUCGAAUGGACCUAAGUUUUGAUUAAACGUUUAUUUCAGACUAUAAAUAAAACACCAAAAGAUUCGAUUUUGAUUAGAAGCUGUGCGAUCAAUCAGGUAAUCCAAGUAGCUUGGUUUCUGGCAUAAAAUAAACUGUCAUGUCUAUUCCCUAUGCGUGGGCAUCCUUUUAAAUAUGCACAGCGCUGUUGUUGGCCGAUUCUCAGUUCAGAAACAAGUGCCCCUUCCUUCAAUAUUUCACAAAGAGGUCAUAUUACAAGUUUCCGCAAUAGAUUUGAAGUGGCCGGUAAAA